ACAGCACAUGCCUCGCGAGAAUAGCUUCAGCGAUUCCGAGGGCCGCUCUCUAACCCCGGACUUGGAAGAGGGCAUGGAGUUGGAGCGCAACUUCCAAGAGCAGGUCGACCGCGACCUUUCUCAAUCUCCCCCGCAGUUGUUAGGCGUGGACGCCCCCGAGACUACUGCUCGCACUACGAUCACACCAGCCUCCCCUGUAGCUUCUGCACCCUCGGCCGCUGCUGGCACUGCUGGUGGCGCCUCCCGCGCCAACCUUCGUGUUUCUACCCAUCCGCCUCGGCCUGUACCCCAGACUCAUGGCAGCGCCAAGGACCGCUUCAGAGCGACCGUCCACAAAGUUAUGCGGCUGCACCGCACCUCGACUAUGUUGGCGAUGGGCGGCGUCGGCGCCGAACCCGGUAUCGACCCUAAGCGUGCGGACGCGGACAGACAAUUCGGUCACAUCCGCCAGGAUUGCUUCAUCGAGAUUAUAGACUACAACGGUGCGACCAGUAGCGCGGGCAGGAUGGACAACGCUGGGUUCGUCAAGCUGAUGAGCGACCCGAAGGCGAGCGAACCUCAGCCGUGGGUCAAGGUUCGAUGGAUCAACAUCGGUGGAAUUUCCUGGGACGUUAUCAAGGCAUUAGCCAUUCGGUAUAAUCUGCACCCUCUGGCUCUCGAGGAUGUCUUACACGUCCCUCGCCACUCGCGGUCCAAGGCGGAUUAUUUCCUCAACCACCUCUUCCUCCGGGUCCUAUGCCACUCCCUCGCUAGUCCGGACGACCCCGAGUCCCAUGACGAUAGCCAGUCGUAUUUCCCCCGUGGCGCCGACCAGUCCAGCGGGCCGGUUUUCCCCAAUAAGCCUCGGUCCAGUUCACCCACCCGCAUGGGCGACGAGACAUCUUCCGCAGAGGAUGAGAAGAUGUCGUACGGCGGCUCGCGCUACUCUACUCUCCGAGAACCGAGACUCAGCUACCGUCGUAAGCCAAGCGUGAGAAUAGCCACUCCACCUCUGGACAUCGAACGAGCGCGGUCCGUCACAGAGAAGGGCCCGAUAUCAGCUGGUUUAGCCUCUGUGAGGCCUCAAAGCGAAGCGGCUCUCAAGAGAACGCUCAAUGCGAAGACCGUCGCAGCCCUAAAAGAGGGCGGGUCCGAAAGUCGCGUUCACGUCAAGAUCCAGCCUAUGUGCAUCUUCCUGCUGCGGGAUAACACGGUCGUCUCCAUCCACCCGAAUCCGGACCUCGAUUUCACUCUUCCCAUCUCGAUGCGUCUGCGUCAGCCGCAGACUGUGUUAAGAACGAGCGCGGACGGCUCUUUCCUCGUGCAAUCGUUGCUUGAUUUGAUCGUCGAUCGGGCUCUGGAGGUUAUAGACGAGUAUCAGGCGAAGAUACUCUCGCUUGAACACGCCGUACUUCUGAAGCCCCAUAUGGACACGGUCAAGUUCCUGCAUAUCCUGCAAGGCGACCUGAUCCUCCAUAGAAGGACGAUGGAUCCGAUCAAAACUGUCGUGUACGGCCUGCGACGCUAUGACGUGGACCGCUGCGCCGCACUUAUCGCCGAACCGGAGCUGGAUGUAAAAGCCGUCAGGGGUUAUAUGAGCCACAAGGCGAAGAUUUACCUUGCCGACGUGAACGAUCACAUGGAGUACAUAUUGACGAGCUUGGACAUGUUCGCCGGUAUAUCAGAGAACUUGAUCAACUACACUUUCAACAUGGCAAGCAACCAGAUGAACGAGGUCAUGAGGCAGUUGACGCUAGCUACGGUGAUUUUCUUGCCGUUGACGUUGUUGACUGGUUACUUUGGGAUGAACUUCGAGAAUAUGUGGUCCAUCAAGCACGGCCAUACGGAUCUGGUCUUCUGGAUCAUCGCCCUUCCUAUGAUGGUCAUAGUUGUCCCCACAUUCCUGUGGUCGGAUCUGCGUCAGGGGCUACGAGACCUGAGGACGCGUAUGAUCGCGCGAAGCACCGCCCAGGCACCAGUUUUUCUCCUUACUGGUGGUAGCCGUGAUCACUGA